CCAAGACGAUGAUGCCGAUUUCAGAUUUCACCGGUGGUCAAGCUUCCACCUACAGGAUUCACCACCUUGAGUUUGCUAAUGACACACGACUGGAGAAAAACAUGGAACCGCUCUUUUUCUUGGACUCUCGCUUGAAGGAAUCGACCGAAAGGCACUUCCCAACUUUGGGAAGUCCAUUUUUCGUCGAUCUAGAACUGAGGUUGGGACGUUCGCCGCGCAACGAGAUGAAUCAAGUCGACACGGGGCGUCAUUCGGGACUCGCUUCGUCAUCGAAUCCCCACCGGGAUCUGGCACUGGGCCUUCCUUCCAGCUCGAGCCUCACAACAAGUGAUUGUGCAGGACGUCCACCAGACGGUGAGCAACAUGACAACAGGAACACCGAGCAGUUGGCGAAGAUGAAAAGCAACGAGCCACACACGAACCGUGUCGAUGAUCCCGAUAGUCAUUAUGGGCCGACCGGUGCAGAGCUCGUUUCUAAUCCUCAUCAGGAUUAGACGAUGUCGAUCGUCGUCUUCAUCAGUUCGUGGGGAAUCACGUCACAAGUGGUUACGCCCCAAGCCACCCCCAUUUGAUGCCAUAGAAUAGAGUGGGGCAUACAUGACCUGCUUUCUUCUUUUUCUGUCAAAAUGAAUUGGUUUCUCUAUGUUCAAGAGAAAGACCUUUUGAAAGUUCUAUUCCUUUUGCUUUUAGAGAAACUCAA